GUGCCGUGAUCGGCGAUUCCGAAACGGUGAAGGUCGAUGUUGCUGCUUUUGGUAUAAGAACGAUGUGUUUGCUGUUGAGAAUCGUUCUCCGGCGGAAAGAGCUUACAACGAGAGACUUCUUAAUUAACCCUAAGCUUAAACAAGUCUCUCCACAUUCGUCUAUAAGGUGUUUGUGAAAAUGCUUGACCGAGUAAUCGUCAAGCAUGGUUUGAGUUACUUCCAAAGAUGAAAAUGGGCCUAUUGACCGAAACCCAUGAGACAUAGUUACGACCGGAGGAAAGAAAAACAAAGCUGUUGUUGAGUUGACAAAAAGACAUUGAGUGGCACGCACGUUCCACUUUUUUUUUAUCCAAACAAAGAAAAUAAGAGUUUUCUGAUCGCCGACCAUAUCUCCAGAGUAGACAAGUAGAUAAACUCAAGCUUCUUGCUUCAUUUAGGACCUUAUUGAAUGGUCUUUUAGUUUUGUAAUGGGAUGCAUUUGCGCCACCGCCCGUACUCCAACCGCCGCCGUAGCCAACAACGAGCUCUUAGACUCCAGCAAGUCCACCCUUCAUCUCAUCUCUCAUCCUCCAUCGUCUUCCUCUUCUUUAUCCAAAAAGGAAGGUUCUUUCUCACGUCCCAGCUCUGCAGCUUCCAUCACCGUCGUGGCCAAUGGCUAUCCAGUGGCGCGUCGUCCCUCCACGUCAUCCGAUCGAAACGGUAACAAGCCAGUGGUCAUUGUGGGAGCUCGGAGCAGGAACCACUCCAGAAGAGUCACGGCUAUGCCCGUGGUGCAACAGUCAGGGCGUUUGACUCCAGAAUGGCCAUCUUGGCUAGCUUCUGUUGCUGGAGAAGCCAUUAAGGGAUGGGUUCCUCGCUACGCAGACUCAUAUGAGAAGUUAGACAAAAUUGGACAGGGGACUUACAGCAGCGUGUACAAAGCAAGAGACCUAGAAACGGGAAAGGUUGUAGCGAUGAAGAAAGUUCGGUUUGUGAAUAUGGAUCCAGAGAGUGUUAAGUUUAUGGCCAGGGAGAUUCUCAUUCUUCGCAAGCUUGAUCAUCCUAACGUUAUGAAGCUUGAAGGUCUUGUCACAUCUAGACUCUCGGGUAGUCUCUACCUUGUCUUUGAGUACAUGGAACAUGACCUCGCAGGUCUAGCCGCAACUCCUGGAAUCAAAUUCUCUGAAACUCAGGUAGGUAUUACAUGUUUUGUUUCCCUAUGGACUUUAAAAGUUUGGAACAUUCAAGUCUUACAAUGUUUUCAGAUCAAGUGCUACAUGCAACAGCUGUUCCGUGGUCUGGAACAUUGCCACAGACGAGGCAUCCUCCACCGUGACAUCAAGGGAUCAAACCUCUUGAUUAACAACGAAGGUGUUUUGAAGAUUGGUGAUUUCGGUUUGGCGAAUUUUUACCGAGGUGAUGGAGACUUGCAGCUGACUAGCCGCGUUGUAACCUUAUGGUACAGAGCGCCUGAGCUGUUACUCGGUGCUACUGAGUAUGGACCAGCCAUAGACCUGUGGAGCGCAGGCUGUAUUCUCACUGAGCUCUUCGCCGGAAAGCCUAUUAUGCCAGGACGCACAGAAGUUGAGCAGAUGCACAAGAUCUUUAAGCUAUGUGGUUCACCCUCGGAAGAUUACUGGAAGAGAGCAACUCUGCCACUUGCAACAAGCUUUAAACCUAGUCACCCUUACAAGCCUGUUCUUGCGGAAACCUUCAGUCACUUCCCUGCGUCAGCUCUGACCCUCAUCAAUAAGUUACUUGCAAUAGAACCUGAGAAACGUGGCUCAGCUGCUUCUGCCUUGAGGAGCGAAUUCUUCACCACGGAGCCACUCCCUGCUGAUCCAUCAAACUUACCUAGAUACCAACCAAGUAAGGAGCUUGACGCUAAGCUUCGCAACGAAGAAGCAAGAAAACUAAGGGCAGAGGAUAAAAAGAGAAGAAGGGGAGAGACUGUGACAAAAAAUCAACCAAAAGAUGUUAAAACUGCUAAUACACCUGAGUUAAAGGCCGCAGGGCAGUCCAAGGUCAUGUGCAUAAGCCAUAAGUUUAAAACUGACGAGGAAGGUGGAACCGGGUUUAGGAUCGAACCACCCAGAAGAGAGGGGUUUCACCAGAACGGCUACGCUCAGGCUUCUUCAGUGGUUCACCCAAGUGUUUCUGAUACUGAAUGGAACAGAGGAGGAAGCAUCAAGAGGCAAACUAAUGCAGAGAUGAAGUCUAGGAUAGUACAGACAGGAAACUUGUCUGGUGAUUCUUGUAGGAGCGGUUCUAACAGAGAUUACUCAACCGUAAGCCUCACUAUUUCAUUUCUAGUUAUUCUAUGGGUCUUAACCUUUUGGUAUGUAAGUGUUGAGUUAUUAUGUUCCGUGACAGGGAAACGCGCCAAUGAAAAACAGAAUCAUUUACUCAGGACCACUGAUGCCUCCUGGUGGGAAUCUUGAAGAAAUGCUAAAAGAGCAUGAGAAGCAGAUCCAACAAGCUGUCCGUAAAGCCCGUGUCGAAAAGUAUGGAUAAAAGAAGAACCAAGCAUUAGCAAGGUAGCGGCAGCAGCAGCGUUACACCAAAGAAAUGAUCGGUAACUAAAAGAGAGAGAGAAGUGAACAGGAAGAAGAAAUUUAAACAACAAUAACACAAGUUUUGAGGAUUCAUCAAGCCAUAGAAACUCAUAAGCGUUUUUUUGUGCUUGCCCCUUUUGUGCGUGGAGCCAGGGAUUGAGGCAAUGUAUAGUCAAAUUUGUUUCUUAGGCCAACAAGAUUGAUCACAUUAUCAAUGUUGUACAGACGCACAAGGUCUAUAUUGAGUUGAGUCAAGCAAACAUAUGUGUUGCAACC